GGCAUAGAUCAGAUCACAAAGUAACAAAAUGGUAGUAAAAGUUUUUGGUCCUUUGAAUUCCGGUUGCACCCAGAGAGUUUUGGCUUGCCUGCUUGAAAAGGAAGUGGCUUUCGAAAUUGUGCAUAUUGAUCUCGAUCAAGGAGAGCAUAAGCGACCUGAUUUUCUAGUUCGACAGCCGUUUGGGAAAGUUCCGGCUGUAGAAGAUGGGGACUUUAGGCUCUUUGAGUCUAGGGCAAUCGUAAGGUACUAUGCAGCAAAGUAUGCAGAGCGGGGUGCUAACCUACUGGGAAAGACAUUAGAGGAGAGAGCUGUGGUGGAUCAAUGGCUUGAAGUGGAAGCUCACAAUUUCAAUGACUUGAUUUAUACGAUGGUUCUUCAGCUUGUUGUGCUGCCACCAAUGGGGCAGCCGGGGGACUUGGCCUUGGUCCAUAGCUGCGAGCAGAAGCUUGAAAAAGUUUUCGAUAUUUAUGAAGAAAGGCUGUCUAAGGGCAAAUAUUUGGCUGGAGAUAGCUUCACAUUGGCCGAUUUAACCCACCUUCCAAGCAUGAGGUUUCUCAUGAACGAAGCAGAAAUGGGGCACUUGAUCACCGAGAGGAAACAUGUUCAUGAAUGGUGGGAGGACAUUUCUAGCCGCCCUGCUUGGAAGAAACUAAUGAGCCUCGCUGGUUUCUAAGUGUCUUGUGAUGAGUGUUUAAAUUGAUUUGUGUUGUAAUAAUUAAGAAUAAUGUUAUAUUUAUAUACUUUUGAGUAUAUAAAUAAGUAGAAUAAUAUUAUAUGUAUCUAUUUUAAAUACACAAAUAUAUACAUAUUUACCUUUAUCAUCACAUGAUUAAGUAUUAUUUUAUCCUUAAUUCAAUAUCACUCAUCACAUAAUUGAAUGAUGAGUGAUAUUGAAUUAAAGAUAAAAUAAUACUUAAUCAUAUGAUAACACAUAUAAGUAUGUAUACAUUUAUGUACCUAAAAUAGAUACACAUAGUUUUAUUAUAAUGGGUAUAUUGUACUCAAAACUGUAUAAGUAUAAUUUUAUUGAAUAAUUAAAUAUUAUCAAUAAUAAAAUAAUAAUAGUCGGGUUUUUAAGCAA